UUUUCGACAAGACGCAACGUGUAACGAACUCCUCUUGAAAAAAAAAACAUUUUCUUUGGGUUCAACAACGAUCUCAUUAGGGCUUUUUCUCUCUCUCUUUUUAUCCCAUUUGUUUUUUCGUUUAAGAAACAAGAGAAAAAACCCCACCCAUCCCACUCGUUCCCUACUUUUCUUUAUCCUCCCUUCCUUUUUUUCCGUACAACAAGAACAACAACAACAAAAUGAAACUAUCGACGCUUUCGCGAGCAGCAGCCUUGCUCGUGGCAAUGAUCACGGUGCCCUCGUGGGCCCAGGACGAGGGUGGUGACUGGGGCGACGAUGGUGGAGACGACUGGAGCGACCCCACCGAUGAUGGCUCUGGCGAUAUGGCCACCACAACCGACUAUGAAUACGAGCCUACGGCUACCGACGACGGUAGCGGCGAGUGGUGGGAUACAACGACGACCGAAGAAUGGGCGGCUACGACAACGAAUUGGUGGGAUACGACGACGGCCACAGACGAAUGGUCCGAUGCGACGACCACGACGACCGAGUGGUGGCAGACCGAAACGGCCUCCUCCUCCUCCUCCUCCUCAUGGUCCGAUCCAGCAGCUACUACCUCCUCUACCGACGACACACAGCCCACGGAGGAUGCCACUGAUUCUGCGCAACCGACCGAAACAUCCCAACCGGACGAUAAUAACAACAACACCGGUGAUGAUGAUGGCGGAUCCAGCAAUACCAACGCUAUCAUUGGAGGCGUCGUUGGCGGCGUCGGUGGAGCCGCUGUGCUUGGCGCCAUUGCCUUUUUCAUGAUCCGGCGCUCUCGACGCGGCAAGGGCGAUGUGGAAGAGUUCCAGCCACAGAACGAAGACGACGAGCCACGGACGUCGUGGUUCUCGGAAGGCACGUCGCCCAACACACCCGCCACGAGCAUGUCACAGCCAUUCAUCCAGCAACUCCAACUAGGCGCCGGCGGCUCACGAUCCUCCAUGCCUCCUCCUCCUGCACCGCACCACGGAGCGUCUUAAAGGACAUGUGUCUUUUUUUUUUUUUUCGGUUUACGGUUUAUGCAUCCAUUCUCAUCUCACCCACCUUCUUCUUCUUCUUCUUCUUCAUCUUGUGUGACUAACCCCACCCCCCCCCAUAUAUACUCUUUCUAUUACCUCUUUC